UUUAUAUGUUUAAAAAGUUUAUAUUUAAUUUAGUAUUUACUCAAAGAGAUAAGCAAAUAAAACUAGUCACUUGAUUCUCAAGUAAUAAUAUUUGCUAAACCAUAUUAUGAGAAUUACAUAAAUUUUCAAAUAUUAAGUAAUUCAUGUUUAUUUUUGUAUAUAAUUAGUAAUUUAUAUAUUUUUUUUAUAUAUUUAGUCAGUUAUGUUUUUUUAUUUUAUACACAUAUGACCAUUACGUUUGAUUGUCAUAUGUGUACAAAUACAAAAACAUAAAUGACUAUACGUGUACACAAAAAAAUAUAAAUAAUUAAAUAUGUAUAAAAAUAAAUAAAUAAGUAAAUAUAUUUCUAAACUGUUACUGUUCCAGUGGAUUAUCCCUAUAAAAUUAUAUAGUUAUGGUCCCAAUUUAAAAGAAUCACAUAAACCAAGUUAUCUAGAAAGAAUAAAAAUAAAAAAAAAACCUUGAUCCUGGACAAAAUUCCAAAGUUUAUCGCAUUUGAUGUUGCGCUGCUAUGAAAUGGAUCCAACACAAUCAAUGAUGUGGAUGAAUGUGCCAUAUAAAGGAAGAAAUUCAAAAUAUGUAGCAAUUGAAUGUGCCAUGUAAAUUGAUGAGUAUUAUUGGAUAGCCAUAUAGUCAAAAUUGUCAAAGGGAUCAUAAACCCUUCACCAGUAAAAGGAAACCUCACAUAUCUCUUGGAUCAACUUUAAUAUAAAAAUACUUAAAUGUUUAAAAAAUAGAAAUAUUAAGUAUAAAAAAAAAUUAAACUUAAGUAUUUUCAAAAAAGAAAAUAUCAAUAAUUUUUUUUUUUGAAAAGCUUAAACCUAAAGAUUUAUAUAUUGAGCUAGAAAACCAAUUACAACAAAAUAGUCAAAAUGAUUUUUUAUAGCAUGACACUAUCAAUCCCAAGUGCUUACAAAAUCAUUCCAUCUUUCUUAAAUGUUGCAAUCUUUUUCAUUCUCCAACGCAUAUAAUCUAAGGAAUUUAUUUUUAACAAUAAAAUUAUAAGAAAAUGACAAAAAUAGUCAUUUACAUUAAUUACAUUAUAAAAAUAGCCAAAAAAAAUCAAAAUUAGAAAAUUAGCCCAUAAUUUCGCAGAUGGAAAUGCCCCAUCUGCGAAAUCAGCAUCCCAUCUGCGAAAUGAAGCUGCCAUCUGCGAAAUCCCUUUACUUUUCACUAUAUAAACGUUUUUUUUUUUCCUCCAUUUUUUACCCUUCUCUACACAAAAACUCUCUCUAUCUUUGGGCUUCUCUCGGGAUUUUGGCUAGUUUUGGAAGAAAAUGAAGGAUUAUGUCAACAAUCCCGCAAAUAUGCAUGAUUUUAGUUUUAUCAAUAUGAAAGCAAUUGUGAACUUAAAAGGCUCGGACGGUAACAUAUGGGAAGUAUUUGAAGUUUUAGAUGAUGUCAGACGUGCCAUUUUCAGAGAUACCGUAUUUGGUUAUUUUAUUGAUGUCCCUCGUUUACAAGGGGACGCAUUGUUGUUCCAUAAAAUGUUCCUUCAUCAAAUCCGGCCGGACCCUGUUUUAUCUCCAGAUGGAAUAAAACGAUUAUAUUUUCGAGUAGGCAAUACGAAAAUGGUUUAUGGGCCGGAAGAGUUUUGUUUGAUAACCGGCUUCAAUUUUGGGGAGUAUCCAAAAAACAUUGGGAAAAAAAGAUUGGAAAAAUUAUUAAGCAGUAAAAAAAGAUGUUUAUUGCGUGAGCGGCUAUUUCCGGACCAUACGAAUAGUUCGGUGAAAAUCGGCGACCUGAAACGUUUAAUUUUAAAUCGAACAUUCCUAGAACUUGACGACGUUGAUGCAGUUAGAGUGUGUUUGAUAUACAUUUUGUGUGAAGGUUUUUUGGGAAAAGAAGUUAAUGAUCGGGUGCCACAAGAUUGGUUUUUUUUUGCUGAGAAUUUGGAUCUCUAAAACAGUUUCGCUUGGGGUAGCUAUCUUUUGGAUUUUACUUAUGUUGACUUUGAGGAUACAUGGAACAAAAUAGAUAAUUAUUUAUCACUUUCUGAGCGUCGUCAAACUUUAAAGUACUCCGUCUCAGGAUUUACGGCUCCAAUAAGGAUAUGGAUAUAUGAGAUGAUUCCGGCUGUUCGUACAUGUGGAUUUGUAUUGAGAAAAAAUAAAAACAUGCCUCGGAUGAAACGAUGGAAUGGAACAAACAAAUUGAAAUGGGUUGACAUGAACAAGAUUUGGUCAAAGAUACAGGAGGGGCAACCACCAAGACAAAACAUGUUACCGGGUGAUGGUGAGAUGACAUCUUGUUAUUAUAUGUCAUUUCAAGAGUAUGUAUAUGGUGAAGGGAAAACAGUUCCAUCCCCAGUACGGGACCAUUUUAGGAGACAAGACGAAUCUUCGUCUAGUAUGUCGUCCAAUGGUCGCUCUCAUGGUAGAGGUAGGGGUAGUGGGAAACACAACCUAGAUGAGGUGUUGAAACGGCUACAUGCACUGGAGCAACAUGUGUUUAUGAAACGACAACCUACAGAAGUUUUUGUUGAAGAAGUGAAUACUGAACAAUUUUGGAACGACAUUACUUUUGAUGAUCCGAUAGUGUCACAAAGAAAAUAUGAUGAACAAGUGUUGGAGGAGAGGAAUGACUAUGCGGGGAACAAAUUUGAUGAUGAUGUGUUUGAUGUAAAUGAUUAUAGUGAAGUUAAAGAGGAGUCGGAGGAGAGGAAUGACAAUGCGGGGAACAAAUUUGAUGAUGAUGUGUUUGACGUAAAUGGUUGUAGUGAAGCUAAAGAGGUGCCGGACGAAGACGAAAUAAUAAUUACGGGAAUUGUAGAUUAUUUUGAUGAGUAUGAUGGCAAAGAAGUUACACCCGAUAAACCGAGGACUCGAAAAACAUCAUAAUAUUUGUGCCCUCCUUACACCGAGUUGCACAUGACACCGAAGCAAAAAAGAAGAACAAAAAAGAAGGUUGAUAUCAAAUCAACAAGCCCCGUUCCUCCUCCAGUUUUUGGUGUUGCUCAUGACUUCUCCAUGUUGCGCCUGCAACCUUACGUAGCAGGCGGUGAGGUUGUCAUCCAAAAUUAUUUAUUUCAUUCAUAUGAUGUCCAGCAUCGUUUGUUUAAUUUCGUGUUAGAUAGAGAUUUUUGGAGCUCAUUGUUUGGGCAUACACACGACGGAUGGUUGGAGUCAUCGCAUAUAACCAUUUGGUACCGACUAUUGAUGGAGAGACGGUUUGAGGGCGACCGACAUACAAUAAUGCCUCCAAAUUUUUUUGUUUCUCAUGCUUUGGAAGAAGGGCAGGACUGGAGGGCGUUUAUGGCUGGUAUUGCUACGUACCCAAACUUCAUGGUUGCUUGGUGGGAUGUUGAUACGGUCUUAUUGCUGAUUCAUUCAUCCCCUAAUCAUUGGCUAUUUGGGGAACUACGAUUAGCAUCAAUGGAAGUGCAUAUUUAUGACAGUCUUGGUAGAAGGGCUUAUGAAAAAUUCAAAUCUGAAGGAAUCUUUUCCAAAUUUGAACGUCGGGUGGCAAAUUAUUUGGACAAGAUUAAGUAUUGGGCCCGGAGGAACAUCCCAAGGAUUCCAUUGAAUAUGCAAUUCAUUUAUGAAGAAAAUGUUCCCCAACAAAGUAGUCAUUUGGGAGAUUGCGGUGUUUUUGUUUGUAUGUUUAUGGAGCAAUUCGUUUCAGGUCACCCAAUACGUGUUCUUAUUGACCCAAAGAACGCAGCUUUAGAGUUCCGUCAACGGAUGGCAAAAUUUUUUUGGGGGUCUAGUCUUGGUCCUAUGUAGUUGGAUAAUAUAAUUGUAUAUCUAAAUUAAUGUUGGAUUUGAUUAUUAGUUUAUUUUUACAGUUUCGUCAA